AUGGACGUCUUUCUCUUCUUCUCUGCUCUUUCAGGGCCUCAAAAAACCCAAAUUCUUGGUUUCGGUUCUGAGUUUUUUCACAUACUUCCUCCUCAUUCUCAAUCCUCUCACAGACAGAAUUCCAGCUUUUGUUUAGGUGUUUCUGCGAUUUCCAAUUCGGGUCUGUGUGCAAAACGAGUGAUUCUAAGGCCGUUGAAUUGUGUAUUGCUUGUUAUUGUCCAGAUUGCAACGGACUGA